AUGUCAGCCCUCAUUCCUCCCAAGGAACCGGCGGAGGCGCAGAACAACCUUCGCCUGCUCGCCGACCCAUUCGCAGCCGGCCACCCCAACGGCCCAAUGGCACACAUCUCGCUCUUGCUUGCUGACGAGACGUGCCGUCUCUACCCUCAACAAGCUGUCGAUCUCUAUCUCAACGAGAUCGACGGUGCGUACCUGCCAAUCGAAGACUAUAACUUCGACCGCGUUUUAUACCCACACCUCUCCAGUGUCAAGGACAAAGUCGCCCAACAUAAGGCGUCUGGUUCAUCAUCCUCCUGCCCUGCAGUUGGCAGCGCAUCUCUCAAUGCCGCUCGCUACACUCGCACCUCCCCUCGCCGCUCGCGUUCUGGGACAAUGAACCUUGUCAACGUGUCGGUCACUAGGAACUAUGAGGGUCCUUUCCAUUCGGGAAUGCGGGCUCUCAAUGCUGCUGUAAUGGACGUGGAACGCGACAGUCGUGGGCAACACCGCUCGCCAUCCACGGACGCCGAGGUCAAGAUCGACAACCACGGUCAGGGACAUUCCUCACUCAGUGGAAGCUUUGCCUCUGGUACGAAGCGCUCCUACCCUACGGCCAAUUCAACAGUCUCAGCAGCCACCGUACGCCCAACCAAGCGCUCUCGUGCCACCAGCCGGCCGACUACCGAGUCAAGCCUACAGGGCAAGCUCAGCAGCCAGCCGGUCCUAUCACUUGGCACCGGACAACUGCCUGCAGUUGCUGGAAUGGCCCUCAAGCGGCCGUGCCCUACAGCUCCCCCUGGACAACGAGACAACCCUGCCUACAUCAAGGCGGUGAGAGACUGGAUUACUGAGCGCACAAAAAUCGCCAAGCCCUCCCAGGAUGAACUCGACAAGCUCCUCGUUAACAACUUCAUGUGCGGCAAGAUCUACAUGCGGCACCCAUGCAAUGACGAGUUCAACGAGGAGACGAACAUGGACCCCGAGCUUUGGAGCAGCAGCACCGGGUGGGGCAAGACUCUCGUCCCCGAAGCGACUGUCUAUAGUCGUCUCACGGGCAGCGAGAAGGAGCAACUGUACGACUGGCCCGACCGCGACCUCUGGAAGGCACUUUUCAUUAUCUGGCUCCGCGACUACACUGAUAGGUACACCCGCGUUGUGUUUUACCAACAGUGCUUCCGCUGCCAGCGCGGUGGCUGGUCGUGCAUGGUGGAUCACGAGAUGUUUACCAAGACGGACAUCAAGCACAAGGCCGGGAAGAAGGGAGGAACUUUCCGGUCUGCCUGUAUCCCGUGUCGCGUCUCCAAGGCGGAUUGCUCCCAUUCCAAGCUCGCUGAGCCGCUCGAGGAGACUCGUUUGGGGAUAAAGGACCUCGAGUCGUACUGGAAGGGAGAGAUUACUUUGAGCCAACUGUUCGCUAAGCGGCAGCGGCCCGAAAAGGAGGUCGGCCCUUUCGACCCCCACGGCGUCCCUGCCCAUAUCGACCCCAAGGAGGAUGCUGCCUUUGCAAAGAUCGAAAAUCUCGAGAAGGCUCACGCGGACCGCCUUCCACUCAUCCCUCGGAGGACAACAAUCACCAAAUGCCAGCGCAAUGCCCGGGAAGUACGCCAGACACGCCGUGCCGAGCGUGACAAGGCCCCAGGUGGCGUCCAGGAGAUGAAAAAGCUGGCUAUGGUCAAGUACCUCGCCGACCGCCUUGGGAAUGGGACUCUCAGUGCACCCAUGUACAAGUGGAAGGACUUGGACAAGACGCUUCGCGAGAAUGUCAGCAACCAACGCAAGGAUGGUAGACAGACGGUGCCUCCACCUGAUGACGUGGGGCCUUACCCCGACUUCUACGCGAUGUGGAUGGGCGACGACAGCACCAACACGCUCCAACCUUCGCUGAACACCGAUAACCCUAUCUCCGGUUCUCCUGAGGGCCGCAUCCGCCGCAGCUCCACCUCACAGUUCCUCAGUCGCGUCCGCACCCGCUCCAGCUCGGGAGGUUCUAGCUCGCCCCCCCAGUUCUUCCGUGGCGAGAGCGUGCCAGGGCUGGAUGACACGCGUUCCCCAACUGUAGACCCACUACAGCUCCACACUCCCAGCCCAGUCCUUGGAGCUCUUCCUGGCGAUGGUCUGGUCAUCACCGAGCCUGAAGCCGAGUCGUCUUCCGGGCACGGUUCAAAGCGUCCUAAGCGCCUCCAACGAGUAGAGGCUAAAGACCCCUGA